UAUUUUUUAUGAUUUUGCUAAUACAAACGGAGGCACUCGACUUCGUGAUUUAUCGGGAUGUGACGAUGCUGUCAAGAAGCGACAGUACUUCUGUGCAAGUGUCAGAAUGCUAGCGGCUAGUUAGCUCGCUGCUGGAUCACAUUAAUGCGCUUAUAGUUGUCUUACAUUUCAACGGAUUCGUCCAUUCUUUGUUACCGGCAGUCCAGACUCCUCUUCCUGCUGUGAAGGAUGGGUGUGAAAACCUUCACUCACAACUCCCCCAACCACAGCCAAGAGCUUUUAGAUAAGCUCAACACCCUACGCAGUGAGGGCCACUUUUGUGACGUCACCAUCCGCGUACAAGGCCAAAUGUUCUCGGCCCACAAGGUAGUGCUAGCCUGCUGUAGUGACUUCCUUCGAGCGAAGCUGUCUGGGAAGCCGGCUGAAGAAGACACUGUAAUAGUAGGUGAAGAUAACAAACAUGUGCUGGAUCUCCAACACGUGACGGUCGCAGGUUUCGCUCCUCUUCUGGAAUAUGCGUACACGUCCACCCUGUCCAUUAGUACGGAGAAUAUCAUCGACGUACUGGCAGCUGCUAGCUACAUGCAGAUGUUUGCGGUGGCCAACACUUGCUCUGAGUUCAUGAAGUCCAGUAUUCUGUGGAACUCUGCAUCCUCAGCAGCAGGAGGUCCUGGUAGCACCCAGCCUCCAGUUUUACACAGACCCCAAGAGACCCCUGAAGGCCAUGCGAGCUGCACCCUCGCCCCUGUAGAUGCCCUCUCGCCGUCUCCGGUCUCAUCCGAAUGCAGCGUACCGGAGCGGCCCAUUCCUGUGUGCCGCGAGUCUAGACGCAGGCGCAAAGGCUUUGCGAGCCCGCAACCAGCAUCCUCAACCUCUCCGCAAGUCCCCAACCCCUCUCCCUCCUCUUCCUCCUUCCCAGAGAGUUCAGCGCAGGCUCUGGAACCAUCUCUGGCCUUCUCCUGGACAUACCCCUUUGGUGUGGACCGGCGGUUUGCGGCAGAAAAGUCAAAACUACCUGAAGGCCUCCUGGAACCAUCUGGAGCACCGGGGCAGGACUCUAGUGGACGGGCAUUGGUGGAGUAUUUGGCCUGCGAGGGCCCACAUGGCCUGGGCGUAGGGGGCGCAGCAGGGGUGGAGGAGGAGGAAGAAGAAGAUGUGCAGGUGAAGGAGGAAAGGCUGAGUGAUGAAGAAGUGCAUGAAGAAGCUUCUCAACCAGUCAGUGCUCCACACAGUUCUCUGAGUGACCAGCAGACGGUUCCUGGCAAUGAACACACCCAAGAAGAUCUACUCAUCAGCCCUCAGUCCUCAUCCAUUGGCUCCCUGGAUGAGGGGGUGACGGAGGGUCUCCAAUCCAUGCAGGGCACUCCAAACACUACUGGUCACAUGGAGGAGGAUGAGAGGCUGGAGAAUGUCCAGUACCCAUACCACCUGUACAUUAGCCCUUCCACUCGCCCAGGACUCAACAGUCCUGAACGGCCCUUCCAGUGCCCUACAUGUGGCGUCCGCUUCACUCGAAUACAGAAUCUCAAGCAGCACAUGCUCAUCCACUCUGGUAUUAAGCCAUUCCAGUGUGACCGCUGCGGGAAAAAGUUUACGCGGGCUUACUCUCUGAAGAUGCACCGGCUGAAGCACGAAGGUAAACGCUGUUUCCGGUGCCAGAUCUGUAGUGCCACUUUCACUUCCUUCGGUGAAUAUAAGCAUCACAUGAGGGUGUCUCGCCACAUCAUCCGCAAGCCUCGGAUUUACGAGUGCAAAACGUGCGGCGCCAUGUUUACCAACUCCGGCAAUUUAAUCGUACACCUGAGGAGUCUCAACCAUGAGGCGUCAGAACUAGCAAACUACUUCCAGACCAGUGAGUUCCUCCUCCCAGACUACCUGAGUCACAUGCAAGAGGAAGAGGGGCUGGGACACUUUGAGAUGAGUGAGCAGACCUUUGAAGCUUCUUCCUCCUCUUCCUCGGUCCAAACACCAGUUAUCUCUCAAGUUUCCUCUACCAUGAACUAUGACAACCACACUUCUGCACCUCCUUCCCAAACCCCAAACCCCAGGUCAAGGAACGGAGUGGAGGCCGCACAAGGGGACCACCCGAAGUCCACCGCUGCUGUUACCUCUCUGCAAGACCCAGAGGAAGACGAGGGAGAGAAGGAGAGAGGUGGAAGAAAGAAGAAGAGACUCGUGUCAAUUACAAUUGAGUGAAAACGUUCCAUAAGUGUAAACAUGUAUAAUAACAGUCAGUGUCCUGUUGCACAUUCAAUACUUCUGUUGUCGACGGUUUAUUAUACUCUCAGAAAAAAAGGUACCAAAGCUGCCAUUGGGGUGGUACCAUUGAAAAAGGUACACCUUUGUACCUUAUUUAUCCGUAAAGAGCACAUAUUAGUAUCUUAAAAGUAUUAGUACCUAAAAUGUAUAUAUUAGUACCUAAAUGGUACAUUUUAGUACCUUCUGAAAGGGUACCACCCCAGUGACAACUUUUGUUCUGAGAGUGUAUGUUUUAACAGCUUAUAAACUUGGUGUAAUGCCUUUUAAUUUGUGUAGGUUACUUUAAAUUGUUGUAAAAUCACAUUUGAUUUGGAUUUACAUACAAAUCUAUCUGAAAGAGUGAUCAUGGUUCUAAAUUUAAAAAAGGAAGAAAAAAAACAUGAAAUAAAAAAUUUGACUUUUUAUUAGUAACCCAUUAAUAUC